CGGCCAAUACAUUGGUUGCUACCUGAUUUGGGCACAGAGAAGAAACAUGGUGCGCAGUGCCCAGUGAUGCAGUACAAUAUCCAAAUUCGGUUAGUGCCUUCGAUACCCUAGCAAAGAGCUGAUGCGAUCAGUAGUAACUCAAUGUACUGUACCCAUAUCGAUAGACUUGGGCUACUCGGUCAUAUGAGCGGGCUGCACUGAUAAGAGAGCCUGUCAGAUGCGAAGAGGGACAGUCAUGGUGGCGUGAAUGGAGCAGAGGGCUAAGGCAUUAGAGUGUGGAAGUCCCCCGAUUGACGUUUCUAUAAAGUUACCAAGUCGUCCACAAUGCCCACCGAAUUUUGUCCCACCUAUGCACCGUUCUUCGGAGCCCUAGGGUGCACCAGUGCCAUCGUCUUCACUGCCUGUGGGGCAGCUUACGGAACGGCGAAAGCUGGCGUCGGAGUCUGCUCCUCGGGAGUCCUCCGUCCUGAUUUGAUAGUUAAGAACAUCGUGCCUAUCGUCAUGGCUGGUAUCCUCGGGGUCUAUGGCUUGGUGGUUUCAGUCCUGAUCGCGAACAACCUCUCCCAAGAAGUGGCCCUCUACACCAGUCUCCUCCAGAUGGGUGCUGGCCUUGCGGUUGGGCUGUGUGGAUUAGCGGCGGGCUUUGCAAUCGGGAUUGUCGGAGACGCGGGCGUGAGGGGAACAGCCCAGCAACCGCGACUUUAUGUUGGCAUGAUCCUUAUCUUGAUCUUCGCCGAGGUCUUGGGCUUGUAUGGCUUGAUUGUCGCUCUCCUGAUGAACUCCAGAGCGAGUGUUACAGAUUUCAAAUGUAGCUGAUUAUAUUCUUGCUGCCUUGUGAUGGAAGGAGGAAGGAGAAACUUGGGAGCAGCAUCACUAACAAAUCCAUCUCUCGCUUCCUCCCCACAUAUUCAUCGCAACAACGGGACACUUAGCUUGCUUUCACAAUCAAAGCUCUUUCACAUCACUGGAGGCAGAACCUCAGCUACUCACAGCACCCUGCCAUCUUGCCUCCUUUCAUAAUUUGAUAAAAUAAACAAUGAGCAGGGCUUGUUGAACGACAAUUCUGUGGACCUUGUAAAAGAGCGCUUUUCUUUCCAUGGAAAGAUUUACUCCUGCAUUAACAUGUUCUCAACAUCUAUAUCCUCCAACAAGUCGGUAUGUUCCUUUUUCAGUGCCUUAGGAUCAUUCGUCUCGAACCAAAAUGCCCAUGUACUACGAGU